AUGUGCGACUACACCUUGCCGUCGGACUCGGAGAGCGAGGGCAAGCCGCCGGGAUGGCGGCAUUGGUGGGAAACGCCUGCGACGCCUAGCGACCCUGGCUCCACGCCGAGGGAGGUCGACGAGGACGGAGGCGCAGUUGCCAACGACGCCCAGAAGAAGGAGGAGGAGGAGGAGAAGGAUGGAGGCGCUGUUGGCAGUGACGGCAAGGAGGAGGAGGAGGAGGAGGACUCCGACGCCAAUUUCACCCGGCUGGAGACAGCGGACGAGAAGGCGGUGGCAAGGAAGAAGGCCAGAGCCCGGGCAAGGGCGCGGGCGCAGGCGGCGCGUCGGAGUCCGUUCACCGACGACGACGACAAAGACGCCACUUCGUCCGACUGGAACUCAUCCACAGACGCGUCGUCCGCCAGUUCCUCUUUCGACGAGGAGGUAACAAGCAAGAGGUGCUGGAGUGAGGACGACGAGGCAGGGCCUUCUAACAAAAAGGCCAAGAAUUAG